GGAAAAGAAACUGGAGAGAAGAUGACACGAGCCCUGUUUACACUAUGGCAAAUUCGAUAAAGACGCCGAAACUACGGGAUUUUGUAUUUACUGAUAAGCUUGGUAGUGGUACUUAUGCGACUGUGUAUAAAGCAUAUAGAAAGGGAGGACCCAGAGAAGUAGUUGCAAUCAAAUGUAUACAAAAAGACGGACUCAAUAGAUUAUCAACUGAGAACUUGCUUGUUGAAAUAGAACUUCUCAAGAAAUUGAAACAUGAGUAUAUUGUGGAACUCAAAGAUUUCUUGUGGGAUGACAGUUAUAUCUAUCUUAUCAUGGAGUACUGCAGUGGUGGAGAUCUUCUGGGGUUCAUUCAAAGCAGAAGAGCUUUACCAGAAAAUAUUGUCAGAAAAUUUCUUAGGCAAAUAGCAAAAGCACUUCAGUAUAUGCGUGAAAAUGAGGUCUCUCAUAUGGAUCUUAAGCCUCAAAAUUUGCUGCUGUCUUCAAGUCUUAAUCCAGUUCUCAAGAUUGGUGAUUUUGGCUUUGCAAGGUAUUUACAAGGUGAUGUGGAAGGUGACAUGCUCAGAGGAACUCCAUUGUACAUGGCCCCAGAGGUUGUUUGUAAGCGUCAGUAUGAUCCCAAGGCAGACUUAUGGUCUGUUGGAGUUAUCCUUUAUGUUACUGAUUUUUUAAUGAGUUCCACAAGUGCCAAACCUUAUUUUUGUAUUACUUCAAGUUUGAUGAGUGGCUUUUUUUGUUUUUANCGGCACACAAAUCAGAAACAGCUGACUCCCAGGAGUAAACAAGAACUGGAAACUUUUGCAGCAGAAGAUGAAACAUUAAAGGCAGCUUUAACAAUGAUUGAAGUAGCUGAAUACAAAGAUGAUUAUGAAAAAUACGAAGAAGCACUUGCAAAGUAUGAAAUGGCACUAGGAGUACUAAUAAAACUGUUACAAGAUGAAGCAAAUGAAAGGAAGAAGGAACUGUUAUCAAAACAUGUCAGUGUCUGGAUGACAAAAGCAGAAACCAUAAAGAAUUACCUAAAAGUUAAACAAUUAAAGACACGAGACACUUCAGAACAAGAAGAGGAAGAAGACCAGCGACUUUCAGGUCACAGCUGCAAUAUCCAGUAAAAGGUUCAUUGCUGAACUUGGAAAGAAAGAAAAUUAAUUACCAAUAGAAAGUGCCAAAAAUGAGGAUCCAAGCAAAUUUUGAAUUGGAAGAAAAUAUAGAAAAAUAUUAAACAAACAGCUUGAAAGAUAAAG